AUGAUUAGCAUCAAAGGGUUGUGCGCCAUUCUCGGCAUCCCCCUUGCCAUGUUGGUGGCAGCGUUGCGGACGGUGUUGUUUGGUGGGUGGCUGAGAAAGUACCGUAACAGCCCCCUCAAUAUGGCGAAGUUACUGAUGGCGAAACAAGCGUUGGAAGUGCCCGUGCCCGACGCCAAGUAUGUGGUGCCGGUUUCCAACAUGACGAUGAUUAACACCAUUGUCGGUGGAUUAUACAAGACGGUGACGUCAUCGAUUCCCGGGUACGGUAAGCGAUACGACGAGAACGGGAUCUGGAUCGCUCAACCCCCCAUGGCGACGGGUUCGGACCCUUUGAUCAUCUACUUACACGGAGGUGGCUAUUUUUUGCAGACGACGCCGUCACAAUUGCAAUCGUUGAUUGCCACCUACAAAUUGCUCGGACGCAACGAUGUGUCGAUAAUCCACUUGGACUACGACCUCGCCUCGGAAGGCUUCACCAUCCCUCGCCAAUUGGACCAGUUGGUGGCAUUGUACACCAAGCUUGUGGCUGAUGGCUACACCAACAUCACCUUGAUGGGAGACCUGGCCGGGGGUAACUUGGCGAUUGCGUUUAUGGCGCACCUUCACCGCACCCAGUUGAAGUUACCCCCGCCGGCUAACCUGGUGUUGAUCUCGCCCUGGGUGAAGUUGACGAUCCCCAAGAGCCAGUUCACCCCUGGCAAUCUGUUCUAUGACAACGAUGGGCGCGAUAUGAUCACCUACACCGGGUUCGCCGACCCGCUGAAGAUUGUCGCCAUCACCGGCAACUCGGAGAUUGCGUCGUUGGAAUGCUCCCCGGGGAACCACCCUUACUCCUACGACGACUGGAACCUUCCGUCGUUGAAAAAAGGCAACACUUUCGUCAUCUGUGGCGAGGACGAAGUGUUCAGAGACGAUGUGUUGGAAUGGGCCAAGUACGCGUUGCGCGCUCCCAUGUACGACAACAAGAAACAGUUGGGGAACAGUGGCGGCAAGUUAGACCGUAGCAUCCACGAGUUCCACCGCACCACCCCUGAAGGCGGCAAAAUCGAAGUUCACAUCGAGCCGUGGGGGGUCCACGACGCCUGUCUCAUCUUCGAGAACUCGCUUUUGCGCGAUAUCAAACGCAACCCUCAGUUGAAGUUCCGCGACGUCGACCGGGAAAAAUACUUUGGGUUGACGCGGUUGGUGGCGUUCUUAGACCAAGUGUUAUAG